GUCCAUCUUUAAUCUUUGAUGUGUUGUGUUGUUAACAAAAUUGUUACAAAAAUAUUAUUAAAAUAGGUUUUAAGUGAAAAUUUUGAGACAUUUUUCAUUUAAUAUUAACUCCAGAAAUAUUUUACCAAUAUAUGAACAGCAGGCAUCUUACCGUUUCUGACUUUGUCUGUUGUCACAGUUUCAUUAUCGUUUGUUCCACUAAAAGUUUCACUACAAUUCGUUGCUAUUGACCUAAGUGCUAAUUGUCCAACCUUCAGAUGUUUCGCUUAGCUAACCUAUAGGCGGCAAAGUGUGUACGCACAGCUCGAGCUUUUGCAAUAAACAAUUGGUGAUUGUUGUCAAAACAGAUGAUUUGUGAAAAUGGAUAGGUUGAACCAGUUGAGGAGCGAAGCGGGAGGUUCUGGAGACUCAUCAUUAGACACGUCUUCGGCCGCGAGUGAGGCUUAUUUGACCGCGAACGAGAACUCCAAGUAUUUUUCAGUGUUAGAAGAUGAGGCAAACUUUACAAUUACUAAGGAUGUUAAUUCCGAUCAAGAAGUGGUCGCAGAUAAUUCAAUGAUAUCGAGUUUAUCGCCGAUUCCUAAAUCGAGUGAUUUGGAUAAUUACAAGAUCGGUAAACAAAUAGAGGCGGCGAAUAUAUUAUCUGGUGGUAUUAACAUUUUCGAAGACAAUGAAAAUUCGUAUGAUGGCGAUGAGUUAGUUAUCGACGACAAUGCUCCGGAGAGUGAAGAAAAAGUGAAUUUGGAUGAUAAAAUGAUUGAGGAUAUUCCAUUUGGUAAGGUUGAGGAUAAUUUGGCGGGAAAUUUAGAUGAUGUGGAGCCAGUAAUACCAAGUAAAGACACAGAAGUGGUUCUUCAGAUUGAUGGUAAAAAUGUUGAUGCUAUUGACAUAGGAAAUGGCUUAUAUUUGUAUAGAAAAGAUGGUGAGGAGGAAUUAGCGGCUGUUCAGAUAGUCAAUGAGGAUCAGCAACAGUCAAGCUUCAAAUUCCUUAAAGUGCGUGAGAACUCAGAAGGCAAUCUGGAAGUCUAUGAAGAAAUUGAAAUCGAAGUCCCUAAGGAAGUUCCUGUGAAGGAAGGAAAAUCAACAGAGAAUUUAUCUCAUAUUCCAAUAAAAGAGAUCAACAAAGUAAUCAGUGAACCAGAUAAAGUUGAGGAAAAGAAAAUCACUACCCCUCAAAAAGAAACACCUACAAAUGAAAUAAAUGUAGACUUGAGUAAAGAAUCUCAGUCAGAUUCAAAAUCGGAAGUAAAUCUAAAUGGAAAAAUGAUGAAGUUCAGUGAAUCUCGAAAAUCUCCUGUUGUUGGUAGUUUCACACCAAUGACGUAUCAUUCCACACCAAAUAAAGAAGGUAUCCCAUUAACAAAGACUAUGGUUGAUCAGCAACUACACCCAAGUAGACAUUCAGAUAAUGUGAAAAAAACUAUAGAAGUCCACACUGACAGCUCCAAGCAAAAGAAUUUAGAUGCACCUGUCAAAAAUUUGAAAGAAAUGGAUGAAACAAAUGAACCAAUAAAACAAGAUAUGGAGUUAAAGCAAACUUCAGAAGAAAAUAAUGAUAAUGAAACACCUCCAGAUAAGAGUGUGGUUGAUAGUCAAGAUACAACUCUUAGUAAUAAGGGCAAAGAAGAGAAUGUCAAUAAAAUUUCUUUGGAGGAAAUCAAUUCUGAUGAAACCUUUGCACAAAAAGAUGAACCAGUGUUUGAAGAAAAAAUUAUGGAUACACCAAAGAUUGAAGAAGAAAUGGAGCAAAUACCCAAUGAUACUAAUAAUCCAACAAUUGUAAAGAAUGAUGUAAUUAUUGGAAACUGUGUCGAGGUUCAAAACAUUUCUAAAGAUGAAGUCGAUUCUACACAUGACUGUAUAAAAAAAUCUGUACAAGAAUGUGAAGUUACGGAAGUCGAUCAAACUAUUGCGAACAAAAAAGUUGAAGAAAUUCAAACAGAACAAACUCUUGAGAGUAAUUUAGAAACCGUAUUAGAAAAAGAAACAAAAUGUUCCACUAUUCCAAGUAGUAGUUCUCCUGAAAUAUCUUCGAAAGCUGUAAAAGACAUUCCUAUUAAAAAGUUAGAAGCUAUAAACGACAGUGUGAAGGCAAAUGAUAAAGCACAAUUAGAAAAAAAUGAAACGAACAAAGUAACAGAAAAUAAACCCCCUGAAAGUAAAAACAUGAUAACAAAUGAAACAAAAACAGAUAAAAAUGAACAAUCAAUUUUCGAUCUCCCAAAAUCAAGCUCAAAACAACAGGAAAUUAAGAACAAUAAGAAAGAAGAGCAAGACAAUAGUAAAAUUAUUAUCAAAAAAUCAGCAAAAGUAGAGACCAUUGAUCACAAGGCGCUUGAGUCUAAUGUCACAGCUCCAAAAACUGUUGAAUUGAAGGAUAAAAAUAAAACAUUUGAUAGUCUUAAGAAAGUACAACCUAAUAUAAAGACGGAAUCUAAAAAAGAAAUUCCAAAAAUAGCCAAGCAAAUAAGCACAAAAGCUGUAAAUAAUAAUAAUGCGGCAGUUCCAUUUGGAAAGUGGACAGAAGCUAACAGGCAAGAGUUUUUGAAUAAGAUUAAAGAAACUAAAGUAACAACUAACAGUUCUAAUACAAAGCAGUUAAAACAGCCGAAUGAUUUGAAUAGAAGAGAUGUUUUGCAGAAAAUUGAUAGUCAAAGACAACAAACUAAUAACGCUAUGGCCAAAGUACAAGAGCAACAAAAAUUAAGUUCUAAUAAAAACGAAACUGCUGUAUUUGUUAAGUCAGCAGUCAAACCAGACACUAAACCAACUGUCAAAGACCGUCCAGCGUCAAAAAUAAAACCUAUGUCUAGUAAAAAAACUACGAAAGCUGAUACUUCUGCAAAUCAUCAAACUGACUCCGCCAGUUUACCAAUUUCUAAUACAAAUAAGAAAGAGUUAUUACAAAUAAGGGAAAUCAACAAUCAAGCUUUAAUUGACAAAACUGUUGAGGAUAUUAUAAACAGAGUCCCUCCAGCUAAAACUACAAAUAGGGAACGAACACAAAAUAAUUCAAACAUGGAAGGAGUUGAAAAACAGAAGGGUAUGACAUUAUUCGGACCGUCAUACCAUGCUAACAAUAAUCAACCUGUUACUCUCGAUGAAAUUGAGACCAAAAUGAACGAAUUACAUGGCAUACCAUUUGUGGAAAGACCGGCACAUGAAUUACCUCAGAAAUUUGCCGUUGAUAAUAUAUUAUCUGUAAAAAAUGACAGUUCUAAAAGCAAACCCACCAAUGAAACCAAUUUGUUAUCACAGUCAAAAGCUACUGUGCAACCAACAAAUGUUAUUGUGCACAUUGAUUCCGACGAUGAAAUAAUAGAACAUGAACCGAUAACAGGAGAUGUUAUUCCGAAAAAGAUAGCUUUGGAGGAUGCACAUAACUUAGAAAUGCAGCUAACUCACAAAGCAAGUGAUGAAUCUAAAAAAGAAGUUAUUAUAACAGAAAAGGAUUUUGACAAAUUUUACAGAAGAAAUUCUGUGAAUUACGAAAAUUGUCUUACCGUUACUUUAGAUGGCAAAGAGUCACAUAAUGUUGUACAAACUGUAACGGUAGAGAAAGAUAUGGCUCCAAAGAAGUUAACAAGGAAUGAAGUUCUAUUGGCAGAGUCUAAGGCGAAGUCGACACAUAAACAGCAAAUGUUACAAGCGCGACACAGUAACUAUCAAAGUAAAAUACCUGUUUCUAAUAAACAUCAAACAUCUGAGGAAGAAUCUUACGGAAAGAACUAUCAAUCGAAGGUGCAAAUUGCGUAUCAUACAGCAUUAACUGCGAAACGUCAAAAAGAAAGCCCAAUUACUAUAAUAGAAGAGAAACCAGUAAAAGUGGUGUUUAUGGAUUCUAGUGUUGACUUCGUACCGUCUCAACUAAACGUACAGGGUGAAAAGUUAUCUCCGAUCAAACAAUUUACACCUGAUUUAGAAACUUUUACUCACAGCACAACGGAUUCUUUAGAUUCAGAUAUUUUAGACAACUAUGACAAUAAAGCACAAGAAGAGACUAAAACUAAGAGUAGACAUCAAAGAAAGCAGGUUUUAACCCCAGUAGAGGCGCCAGAAAUGGAAUUAAUUCAAUCCGACGAUUUACUAAUUGAAACAUCGCCAAAGAAAAGACGUCGAAUUGAAGAUAGACUUGAAAAAAGUCCUAAAAACCAUGUUCCGAAAAAAUCAUAUCUUCUAGGCCGUACUAAUGCUGACGACAAACUUAAAAUGCCUGAGGUGGAUAAAGUUGCUUUUAACGACAUUAACAGUCACACUAAUACGUACAUUGCUCAUCCAAAUCCAAUAAGUGCUAUUGAUAACUUAGUUAAGGCUGCUGAGUUAUUGGAAAAUCAAGCUGAAAACAGCAGCAGUUCCAUAAAAACACAAGAAUCUGACACGUCACUGCAAACGCCUCCUAAAAGAGGACGAGGACGUCCGAGAAAAUAUCCUCUUCCAGAUACAGACUCGGAUAAAAGUAAAGCUCCGAGUCCACAGAAGAAGCCAAGGCUGAUAGAUGCUAAAAUACCCAAGCCAGCGAAAGUACCAAGUCCCGAGCAAACUGAUGAAGAUACAAGCGAUGAUGAAAUGAUCAAAGAAAAUUGGACAAUGGGUAAAAUAAAUGAAAAUAUCGUGUGUCCUAUUUGUAAUAAACUCUUCCGAUCUGAAAAUGUAGUUUUUAAACAUGUUAAACAUUGUACAGGUCCGUCGCCAAAUCGUUCUGAAUCCGACAAAAGAAGGUUCAGAGAAUCUCAAGAAUUCGAAACUAGAUCACGCGCAAGUAAAUCUGAUGAUAUGGAUUUGGAAGAAGAGGAAAUAAUAACUCCUAAGAAGAGGAAAUCAAAAGAAAGCGUGACUAAAGCUUCCAAUUCAGAUGAAGAUAUAGAAGAAAUGGUUAAUAAAGAAAAACCUGCAAAACAACAUGAAUCAAGAAAAUCGACAGCAAAAACCAAAAAUGUUAGUAAACCUAAUACUGACAUAGUAUGCGAAGUUUGUGGAAAGAGCUUCCGACAUUUGUCGUACUUAGCUCAUCAUAAGUUGCAACAUAAAAGUGACGAUUCUAAGAAAAAUGAUAGCGAAGCGAACGUCAAUAAGUCUGUUUUCAGUUGCGAAACUUGUAAAAAAGAAUUUAGAAAGUUACAUCAUUUGGUGCAACAUAGGAUUAUUCAUAAUCCUAGUUCCAUGCCGACUAGAACACUUCGGAAGAGUUCAUCUGAACAAGGCGACAAUAAAAUUGUUAAAGAGCAGACCGCUUUAAAACAGACCGAGGAUCACAGUGCUGGCUUCCGCUGUGAGCCUUGUGACAAGUCGUUUAGAAAACUUCAUCACCUCGUCGAGCACAGAGAAACACACGAUGGGAUAAAUAGACAAAAAGCUAUCGAAGUAGAAACUCCAAAGCCACAGCUACAUCAAUGCGAUAUGUGCGAGAAAACUUUUAAGAAAAUUCAACAAUUGAAUGAACACAAGGAACAACAUUUAGAAACGUGUUCUGAAAAAUCUGAUAAAAGCGUUAAAAGUUCAUUCAGUUCCACUAAAGACAUUAUACACGAGUGUUCAUUAUGUUACAUGGUGUUUCCUAACGAGCUAUCUUUAAAUAAACAUACAGAAAAAUGUUUAAGAAAAAAGAAACAGUCAAUUGCAAGAGCCAAGCAAGCGGCUUUAAAAAAAGAAUUAGAAGGAGAAACGCUAGAUACAGAAAGUCAAUCGGAGGAAUGUCUUAAUGAAAAAGAUGAUUCAUUAAUAAUCGUGGAAGAUAAUGAUGAAGAGAGUCUGGAGCCAAUUAAUAUCACGCAAAAUAAAUUAGAAGACCAUAAACACAUAGGUGACAGUCUAGCUGGGAAUUCUGAGGCUGAUAAAAGUAAAAAUGUUGAAAUAUUAUCGAGAGAAUGUAAAGACAUAGAUAAUACUACGACUAUAAAACAGGAGCCUAUUAAAAAAUCUAUUGAACCUAAUGAAAAGAUUGUAGAGCCAACCGUAACUGAAAUUGUUAUUAACAAAGAAGAUAUCAUUCCCCAACACAUACCAUCUAAGAUACAAAAUGACGAGAACCUUAAACCAAAGGAUAAUGAUACGUUAGUUCAUAAGAAAAAGAAUAUACAUAAAGAAAAAGUUGUCCCUACAAUAACUAAACGAAAAAAAAGUUUCAAUACGCCCGUUCCUGCCAUCGAGACUGUAAAGCCUUCGAUAGAAUCAAGUGACGAAGACGACGUACGAUAUAUGCUCAACCCAGAUUUCAAAGAGGAAACAUCAAUGGAAGAAAGAAGUUUUAUGAAGAUCAAAACUAAGAAGCGUAAUUCUCUGCAUUUUGAAAGACCUAGUUCGAGGGAUUUGUUGAAAAGAAGGAUUUCAAUGCAACUGCCGCUUAAAACGACUCGCACGAAAAAGUCUAUAGAACAAACUCCAGUCGCACCGACAUCCUCUGACAAGUCAACUGCCAAAGCUAAUGAGAAGCCAACAACUGUCACAGAUUCCGACGACAGCGAUACUAAAUAUGCUUUCCCCGAAACUGUUAAAGAUACCCCCACUACUAGUGAAGUGAAGAAACCUCAGAAAAGGAAAUCUAUCGCGACCAAGCGGAAAUUAUUGAGCGGAGUUGUGAAGAGAAAAUCUUUGGGUAAACCUACCAAAGUGAAGCACAAAUUGAUACCUGAACCAGUUAAACCUAUUAGAAAACGCACAACAGAAGUGGAGCACAGAUGUGAUUGUGGUAAGUUGUUCAGCAGCGCGGCGUUGCUGUCGCGUCACACCACGCUCGACCAUACGCCGCCCCGCAGCCGCCGGCGCCGGUCGCCCCCGCCGGAACUCGAUGCUACUGUCGCCAAGGUCACAAGAAAAACUACCCCGAAGAAAAACGUCAAAACCACUGUCCAAGCUAAAAAAAUAGACGACACUAGAAAGUCUGGCGUCGCGACUAGAAAGUCGACUACAAACAUCGAUGGCAAACCGUCCCGCGACACGCGCAAGUCUGUGAAGGGCGCGCACAGGGGCGUGCCCGUCCCCGACGAGUUGAAGAAACACGUAGCCAAACAAUUAAGGAACAAAUAGUUUCUCGUUAUAACGAAUGCGGGGACAUUUUCGAUGUAAUAAUAUAGUUUAAGGAGUAGGGGUCGCUAGUUGUUUAGAUGAAAUCGCGCGGACAAACUCACAAUACGGUAACAGGAGGACCACUUGUAUCAUAGAAAUAUUUUUACAAACGCGUCGAGUUUAUGGUGCCUACAUGAAAUUUCAAAUAUUUUUAUUGUGAGUCGAGCGUUGGUGUUAUCUACGUGUACAUUGCGAAUUAAGAUUUAUAAUAUCAUAGUUAUAUUUUGUCAAUUUGUUUUAGAUUAAGUAAGAUGUAUGAGAGUUGAUAUUUAUAUUGUUGUUUUUAGGAUUUUUUGAGUUCAUUAUCUACAGGUGCAGUGCAAUUACAGUUGGAAACUGCAGUUUAUGUUUACGGCUGUCCGAAAUGUUUACUAUUCGAAUGGUUUCGAGACCGAGAGCUUAACUACGACAAAGGGAUGAUAUUUCAAUCAGAUUGAAAUACAAUCUCUUAAUACUUUAAAAUCUUCAUUCGAAAGUUUUCUGAAACUGGUUGCGUGAUUCAUGUAGUCAAUAAGUAUUAAAUAAUGCAAGUAUAUUA